UGGUAUUUUAAUGUGCUAAGAACCCCUUCCAUGAUAUUUAUCUCUCAAGUAUAAUAUUUCCCUAUUUUGGGCUUUUGACUUGAAUCCAACUUUUCAACAUUAAGCAUUCAAACAAGGCUUAAAAGGAACAAAUAUUUUUGCCAUAAAAAAAUUUUGUUAAUAAAAUUGAGGUGUGACUUUCAACAAUAACAGUGACUUGUGAGUUGUCGUUGUAACAUUGAGCUUCAGACAACUAAAUUGAUCUAAAUCCGUUGCGUUUUACACAAAAUAUGACACCAACUUCAAUUUAAAUAACCCUUUUCAAAAUUUUAAUUUAUCAAUUUACACAAAGUGAAACAUUAGUUAAUUAUGGUUUCUUCAUAUGCUAAUAACUCUGUGUUUCUCUUACUUUGCUUAUGCUUAACCUUUAGUACAAUUGCAUUUGGAGGAAAUUUCAACACUGAUUUUAACAUUCUAUUUGGAGAUAAAAGGGCUAACAUACAAGAUGGUGGCAAUUGUAUGACACUUACAAUGGAUAAAUAUUCUGGCUCUGGCAUUGGUACUCAGAAUGAAUAUUUGUUUGGACGAUUUGAUAUGCAAAUCAAACUUGUGCCAGGAAACUCUGCAGGCACUGUCACUGCAUAUUAUCUAAGUUCUCAAGGACCACACCAUGAUGAGAUUGAUAUGGAAUUUUUGGGUAACUUGUCUGCUGAUCCAUAUAUUCUCUCAACCAAUUUUUAUGCCAAUGGUGAUGGAGGUCAUGAGGUACAAUUCUAUCUUUGGUUUGAUCCCACAAACGACUUUCACACUUACUCUAUUGAUUGGAAUCCUCAGCGCAUAAUGAUAUUGGUGGAUAACAUACCCAUAAGAGUGAUACAUAAUAGACAAAACGUUGGUGUUCCAUUCCCAACAAGGCAACCAAUGAAAUUAUACACAACACUAUGGAAUGGAGAUUCAUGGGCAACAAGAGGGGGACAAGUGAAAAUUGAUUGGUCAAAGUCUCCAUUCACGGCUGGAUUUAGAAACUUCAGUGCUAAUGCGUGCAUGCCUAGUCCAUCAAAUAAUUGCUUAGGUUUCAAUGGCGGAGAAUAUAAAGGUCUUAAUGGUGAAACAAGGAAGAAGCUCAAAGAGAUUUAUUCAAAAUUGAUUGUUUAUGACUAUUGUCGUGAUUUUAUACGUUUUGCUCGUGGUCUGCCUAAUGAAUGCCGCAAUCGCUUAACAGAUCACCCAGAUGAAUAUUAGAAAUUGCAUGUAGUCACGAUGCAUAUUAUGAUCAAAUAUAUACCGUGAAGUAAAAAUUUUGUUGUUUUCGAUAAGUUAAAAUAUGUAAUAUAUAUAUUUGUCGAUGAGUUCUUAAUUUU